UGUCGUUUGGAUGGUUCAACACCAGUCAUGGAACGUCAGCAAAUGAUCAAUACGUUCAAUUCAUCCGAGCCAAAUUUAUUCAUAUUUCUGCUGUCAACAAAAGCUGGUGGUUUGGGUAUUAAUUUAACGGCAGCGAAUCAUAUCAUUCUUCACGAUAUCGAUUUCAAUCCGUACAAUGAUAAACAAGCCGAGGAUCGUUGCCAUCGAAUGGGACAGGAGAAACCUGUAUAUGGGCAUAUUGAACGGUUAAGUGUAGAAAUUGUAAUGCAAUGA